AUGGGUUACGCUGUCGACAUUUAUAUCUAUGGCCUCGGCCUUAUUUUAAUGUACCAAGGCAUUGUUGCUCUGAUUGACCCAAAAGGGCAAUUCAGGCUCAGGGGCAUCAAAGAUAUGAGAUCCUCCGAAGAAAUGGCCAGCUUCGCACCCAUCUACAUGCUCGGAGUUAGAGAUAUUUCCAUGGGUAUCUUUAUGGUCGCCCACCACUACGUCGACAAUUUAACGGCCGUGUUGACAUUGCUGGCUAUUAUGAGCUUCUUCAAAUUUGGCGAUGCAGUUGUGGUGAUUUCAGUCGGGGAUGAUCGUAUAAGGACGAAGGCAAUUGAGAAUAUGGCUAUGGGAUCAACCGUUACGACAAACUAUGAGACCGUCGAUAUCACCGCGUCUCUCAAUACCACUCUUUCUGAUUCAUUCGCUAUCGAGACAUCUCUAGCAGAGUCUACUGCUACCACCAAUACCACGGUCGCCAUUGAUACCAGCAGCGAGACGUCCACUGUCACUGGCAGCCAGAUGCACACUAUCACAACUUCUGAUGCGGUCUUCACUACCACGGCUAAGACUUCCACUGCUGCACCAGUCCCAAAACAUUACACCUGGAUUUGCCGUUGCGGCAUCAAGGGAGCUUCUGUAGCGGCAAGUGACGACUUUGUGUAUUCGAGAAACGCCGCGGCCGGCACCAGACUCGAUUGUUACAGAUCGUGCUUGAAAAAUCCCAACUGUCUGUCUUUGGCCAUUCAAGAGAAUGUAUCUUGUGAAUUGUAUUCAGGGUCAACUGGAGGCACUGAUGUGCUAGACACGGCAUGGAAGUGGUACGAACUCUACUGCUUUUGCGAUAUAGAUUAA